GGGUGGGAGGAGGAGGAGGAAGACGAGAAAAAGAAGUAGAAGAAGAAGAAGAGGAGGAUGCAGGACGUCGUCGUCAGCUGUCAUCUGAGCAGUUUACGCCAGUUUGUAUUUAACCAUUUGAAAACAGCAGCACAUUCUUGCAGGAAGUUUUCCAAUGGCGGUAAACUGGAAGGUGAAAAUUUCAGACUUUUUCCGCAGUCCCUCCCGAUUCGUGUCCUCCAAAUCGGCGGAUACGUUCCUUGCGGAGUUGCUCCGUGAGCUCCGAGAUGACAGAGUUACCAACAAUACUAAGGUCUAUCUGCUGUCCCCACUAUGUGAGCAAGCGGCUCUCCUCUGUCCUACAGUGUCCAUUGGAGAAGAAACAGUACUGGAGCUCCUGUCAGUGUUUGCCCACUGCCCAGUUACGUGUGUUGAAUUUCGCAGUUCCCUCCUCAUCACCCUGACGUCUGUCCUCAUCUGUACCUCUUGUGUGAGCAACAAAAUACACGUAUGUGCGGACUUCCUGGAUCUGCUCCUUCAGAUAGUGCAAGACACAUCCAACUUGCAUGGUGACAGUGUUCUUCUCUUGAGAGCAACAGCAUGUGAAUGCCUACAAGAGCUGGAGACAUGCUGCCCCGGCCUUCUUUCUCAGCACCUUGAGCUCAUUGGUGGGCUUUGGACCAAAGAAACCUCGAAACUUCAUCAGUCAUAUGCAAGACUCAAUACUCUGGUGUUGAAAAAUUGUGUUUAUCAGCUUGCCAUGGAUCCUGGAUCGGGUGAUGAUUAUUUAAAAUUACUGGUCGGGGAAAAUACAAUUGUCAACUGGGAAGCAGACCAGAGAUUAGCUCAAGUAGAUAAAGACUCAGCCAUUUUAUCCUCCCUAAUAAUGGGCCACAUGGGCACAGUUCCUAUUCUUCAGACUGGGCGAGACUGCAAGGAUUUGCGCUCAGUCCUGUCUACCACUCUGGAGAAUUCUUUUCUUCUUACUCCACUGUGUCAAGCGGCAGUUCUACACAGACUGAUGGAGGUGGUUGCCAUGGUUCCUGUUGUUCGACCAUCCAUAUUUAGAGCUCAACUUCUGCGUAUGCUUGGAACCAGCGAGGUUUGCCUUCUUCAUAGCACUCUGCUGAUGAAGUGUGCCUACACCGAAAGCUUGUUCAGCACUGACGAUGAAGCUUUCGUCUUGAAACGAUUGGUUGUUCUCUCCCAGCAUCCACUGCUAAGUAAACCAGAGAAGCUUUUCUUCUUGGACUAUAUGCUGCAUUUUCCUGAGAAUAGGCCCAUCAGCUGUGGAAAUAACGAAAGUCCACCUGUGCUGCUAACCUCCCAAUUGGCAUGUACGCUAGCACCCAAUCUCCUCAAUGAUUAUGCUAUGAUGCUGGCCCGCUUCAAUCUGCUGUUGGUGGUAUGCCAGGAGGAGGGUGAAAAAGAUGGAGAGGAAGGCAGGGGUUUAGUCUAUCUCUAUGAACACCUUGGCUUGCUACUGAACAUAAUGAUCAGAGGACACAGUCGUAAGCUUGCCGCCACAUUUUUCAGGGCAGUUUUCCUUUUCCUUGUUUCUUUUUGCCACGUGGAGAGAUAUGCUAACAGUAUUGCAGAAAAACUCUGCACGCUUUAUCAUCAUCAAACCCACUUGGCUCCACACAUUCUCAACUUGGCUGAGCAAAGUUCUGACUUGUUCCCUGAAUGCAAUUGGUCUGCAAGACUCUGCAGGGCCCUGCAGGGCGUUAUAAUUGAGGCGCCGCCUGCUCAGUUCACUCUAACAGACCUCAGUUGGCACCUCAAGGUGCUGGCUCGAGUGGCAGAAGAAGAGCAAAUCCCUCAGCAGACUUCGCUCCAACUACUUUCCAAGAUCAUCUUUACACCUUCAGUGUGUCUGACUAGUGACUGGCGUCUGGGAAACAGUGUGCUGCAGCUUUGCCGGCGCUUGAUGACACAUCCCAGCCUAGACUCAUUAUUUACCUCUCUGGCCAACGUCCUGCAACAUCUGAUCUGUUACUAUGGCGACGCAGACAUUCAAGAUCGUGCUCGACUAUAUUACAGCCUCCUGACUACUCUCUCCAAAGAAAAAUUGAUUGGGAUUAUAAAGCAGGGUUUGAGGGAGGAAGGACAAAAUAUCAAACACUCGCUAUCCUGCAUCAUGGCAGACACCGAGAGACUGACAAGUGUGCUAACCAUUCAGCAGAUGGAAAAAAAUGUUUUUAGGCUGGUUGAGUUAAAGUAUCCUGAGCCACAGGACAGAAAUGAGAUAAUUCUGGAAAGUUACUCGAGCCCCAGUGAGGAACAGGACAGCCCAGGACUGGAAGCAUACAGGGCCCAGUUCAAAGACCCUUGCUUUGGCUCACAGAUUACCUUGCACUACCAGCUCAAACAUACCAUGCACAACCUGUCCUGCUUUGAUCAGGUCUUCAGCAUACACCUGCACUUCAUCUUAAGGGAUAACAUCUAUGAAGAACUCUGUGACUUCAACGUGCCCUGUCUUUUUAGAGAGAGACGGUCUCCCGUGGUGAAACUGGUAUUGAAGCCCAGGUUGCCUGUCCCCAUCACUCUCAGUUGUAGUGCCAUCUUCAACACCUUAAAUGGCCUUUCCUGGUAUACUUCACUGCCAGACAUCCACGUUUUAUUUCAGCAAAUCUUUCUGCCAUUGGCUGUUCCCACCACUUGGGGAACAGCUGUUAAAUUGGGUGUUUUUAAGGACCUUUGGGAUGAAAUCAAUCGGGAAGAGAAAGCAGAUUAUGCUACCACCCUGUUUUGUGGCCAGCUGCAAGCAGAAGAACUGGGCUCCAUUGUGGAAAAACAGUUGCUUCCGUUCAUUUUUUCAGAUUCAGCCAAUGAAGCCGAAUUCAAAUGUGUUUUUUUCAUUCCUCCGCAAUUUCACAUACUGCUGAAAAUCAUUUCAGAAGAGGAUGCUGUCCAUUUCAAUAUCGUUACAGAUAACUGGCAGCUCCUGCCUCACAUCAGUUCUUUCCUUGGUAACCUUUUAAUGUCUUUGCCUGAAAACGUUACCAGUAACCCAUGAAGUACCAUAUUUUGGUUUGAAAUGAAAAGUGCCACUAUUGUGUUUCUCUCAAUAAAUUGCUGAUAGAACUGA